GUGACGACGACGUACUUUCUGGAGUCGUCACACAGGAUUCAGGACUUGUCAAUGCUUCCGUUGGCGAAGGAGAUAAUAUCGGACUGUGGCUCAUUAUUGAGGGAAUACCCGAUAAUUGCCUUCGAGGUGCCUGUGGAGGUAUAUGGUUCAAAGGAAUAUUUGGU